CGAGGUCCUGUGAGGCAGCAGGCAGCCGGGUAUUUUGAAGGCCUCUCUUCCCUACACACAGAAAUGAACACCAACUCUUCUGAAGCGGCCAUUGUACUUAAGGGCAAAUGGGGCGCUGCGGGCAGUGGAAGUCCGAAAGGCACACCUUGGUUUGUUACGCUGCAGAAAUGGCACCUCAGCGCCGGCAAUGGCAACUGAAGCUAGGCGGUCGCCAUGUUUUCUGAAGCUAUCUUUCGGGUCCCUUCACCCGAGUCGUGUCUUUGUGUGAGCGGCUGUGGAGUAUUACACUAUGGAGCCUUACUAGUCUCCACCGGAGCUCUGCCAUCGUAGAGGCCACUGGGGCUACCUCGUUCAUUCCGCAAGAGUUGCUAGCAACCGCGAUCAAGGGGCGUGGCUUCCGGCGGUUGCCGAGGCCGGAAGCGGAAGGCUGAGGCAGCCAAGCCGCUGCCGCGGUAGGAUCCCCAAUGGCGCCACCCCCGGUCCCACUGCUGGUUCCGAUGCCUGGGGAGAUCUGGCCUGGUUUCAGGAAGCCUGAGCUUCUGAGCUUCGCGGACGUGGCCGUGUACUUCUCCUCGGAGGAGUGGGGGUGUCUGCGGCCGGCGCAGAGAGCCCUGUACCGGGAGGUGAUGCGCGAGACCUACGGCCUCCUGGGCGCGCUCGGGUUCCCGGGCCCCAAACCAGCUCUCAUCUCUUGGAUGGAACAGGAGAGUGAGGCUUGGAGCCCCGCCGCCCAGGAUCCUGAGGAGGGGGAAAGCCUGGGAGGAGCUCCGAGAGGAGACACUCCAAAUGAGACAGAGUGGGGCUGCAAGGAAGGAGGAGAGAGGCCGGCAGAGAUUCCUGCUCAGUUGCAACCUAAAGAGAUGGUUGAACAUAAGACUUAUUCCAUGGCUACCAAGUCCUCUGCAGGGGCACAGCCACCUACCAAAGCUGCCCCAGACCAGAUAGCAGGGGUGCAGCUUCCUGUCCAGGUACCGAACACCGAUAUACAGGCCAGCCAGCGACGCCAUGUGUGUGUGGACUGUGGACGCCGGUUUACCUACCCGUCUAUGCUGAUCAGCCACCGGCGCAUGCACUCUGGUGAGCGACCCUUCCCCUGCCCAGAGUGUGGUGUACGCUUCAAGAGGAAGUUCGCAGUGAAAGCGCACCAAUGGACCCACCGUUCCUGCUCAGGGGGUCGCCGCGGCCGAAGGCCUGGAAUCCGGGCUGUGCCUAGAGCCCCGGUCCGAGGUGACCGGGAUCCACCAGUGCUUUUUCGGCACUAUCCAGACAUCUUUGAGGAGUGUGGGUGAGUUGAACAGUUGCCUCCGCCUGGAGGCCUGGAGCGGAGCAUGAACUUGGCACUAGGAGUCAAGACUUCUCAAGGAUCUCUUGUAAACUUGUUAAAAAGAAAUGUGCCUGUAAAGACUUAUCCAGAUUAAACCUGACACCUUCUCCCCUC